CAGACAGGCAGACAGACAGCCGUACUGGUACAGAUUCGAGUCGCAUCAAGUCAGCCAACUUUCGAAGAGAAGGGGGAUACGUCUAAACGAGCGGAGCAAAAUGGCCGCGCCUGUCAUCCUGCCGUCCAACCAGACCCAACCUCGGUUCGAUUACUAUGGGUACGAAGUGAAGAUGAACGGCUGGAACACCCCGCCGGAGUACCUCAGUUACGUCGACGAACACUGGCUCAAGUACGAAGCUCCGAACCCCAUGAUGCACCACCUCCUCGGCGUCCUCUAUAUCUUUCUCACUAUCUGCUCCUGCCUCGGCAACGGCUGCGUCAUCUGGAUCUUUUUGACAUCGAAGAGCCUGCGCACGCCCUCCAACAUGCUGAUCGUGAACCUGGCCUUGGCGGACUUCGUGAUGAUGCUGAAGACGCCCGUUUUCAUCAUCAACUCUUUCAACGAAGGACCCGUGAUGGGGAUGCUCGGCUGCCAGAUCUACGGGCUGAUGGGGGCCUACACAGGGCCAGGAGCCGCCUGCACCAACGCCGCCAUUGCCUUUGAUCGGUACAGGACCAUCACCAACCCCCUGGAAGGACGCUUGACCGGCGGCCAGGUGACGGCCAUCCUGUUCUUCAUCUACGCCUGGAUCACACCCUGGGUCAUGAUGCCCUUCUUCGAGAUCUGGAACCGAUUUGUCCCUGAGGGGUACCUGACGAGCUGCACCUUCGACUACAUGAGUGAAGGUUCCAAGUUCUACGUCGUCGGCCUCUGGUUCUGCAUGUGGCUCUGCCCUAUGCUCAUCAUCACUACCUGUUAUUAUCUUGUGUACUCCCACGUCGCCGCCCACGAGAAGUCGCUGAAGAAGCAGGCCAGCAAGAUGAACGUGGACUCCCUCCGAUCCGGCGACAAGACCAACAUGAGGCAGGAGGUACGCGUGGCGAAGGUCGGUGCCACUCUCACCUCGCUCUUCCUUAUCUCGUGGACGCCCUAUGCCGUGGUCGCCUUCACCUGCACCUUCGGGAGGCCGGAUCUGGUCACGCCCUUCGUGUCUAUGAUUCCUGCCUGCACCUCUAAGACUGCGGCCUGUAUUGACCCCUUCGUCUACGCCAUCAACCACCCCAAGUACCGCAUCGAACUCUCCAAGAAGAUGCCUUGGUUCUGUGUCCACGAGAAGGAGGAAACCAGCGCACCCUCAGAAACCGUCUCCAAGGAAGCCCCCGCUAAUGCCUAGAUACAUUAGGAACAAAAAAUGAUCUCUCAACGUGGCUGUCAGAAAAUGAAAUUUUAAAAAAUACCCGAUAACCUGGCUCUUCACGAAGCGAAACUACUCGACGACAAUAGCCAUGCAUUUCCGUUGUCGAAGAUACGAAGAAGAAGAACGAAGAAGCCGAAACAUAAAGUGAAAAAAGAAGACCACGAGAGAUGAUGAUUAACCUUUAUCUUUGUAAGAGGACGACCGCCUAAAACUUGAACCUUUGGCUUCGCUCAUUGCCUCACCGAAGAAAGCGACACAGAACAUCGACUUCAUUUCGGUUCUACCAUCUGAAGAGGAGUCUGUAGGUAUACUCGAAACGUCGAUGUUUAGUAUCCCCCCCUCCCUUACUUCUACUCAAGUUGUGCUUCGUUUCAUUUACAGAAGUUACUGUAAUUGCGUUUGUAUUCGAAGGAGGAUGUUUACGUAUUUUUGGUGAGAUGAUGUAUCGAGGACAGCUGUUCCUAUGUGGAAGCUGGAAAUCAGUUGUCGAUUUCCUUUUUCUUUUUCAUUUCUUUUCCUUUUAUUUCCCAUUUUUAUCUUGCCAUUUUUGUGGCGAGGGCAGUCUUAAAAACGAAAGAAAAUACUGGUUUAGGAUCUAGUUUUGAGACGAAAGAACAUUUGCAGCGAUGUGGCGUAUUAAAGGAAGAUUAAAAAAAGACCACACUGGGAACGAGACACGACCAGCAAAAGUAAAGAUAACGAACAUAUAGACAUUUACGAUUUUUUUUCAUAAACUGAUUUCUUAGUAGUUUAAACCACAUCACCUAAUUAGUAUACUUAUAGCAUCGAAAGUUAUAAUAAAGAGUUAAACAGACAUAAACGUAUACAUAUUUACUACAUUUUUUUCCGGUAAGAUCAAACCUCUCUGAUCAAAGAAACAGACAGAAAAUCCCAUCAUUCCUAUUACUUACUUAUCUGACCUGUGCCCUCCUAAUUAAGUAAAUUAUAUCAAAGCGUUUUAACGAUUCGUAUGAAAAAGUAACGGUUUCGAAAACAUUCUCGCGCCCUUUUAGGUUUUAAGACGCGACACGCACAUGGCGAGACGAUCCCUUGUGAAAAUAAAUAAUCGGAAUUUAUCAAAUUAAUUGUGUAGUUCCUUCUCCAUUUUACGUUCUUCUGUUUGUUAUUUCUUCUUCCAUCUACGUGUUCCUUCUUUCCAUUUUUAUUUCUUUCUCUUUGGCCACAGAGGUUUGUCUUGAUUUUUUUCCUCUUUUUCAACACAUGUUUUUUUUUUCUCUCUCUCUUCAUGUGUAAACAGCCGCCCACGCACAUUGGCGUUGUAACUUUUCUAUCAACAAAAUAACAUUUCAAUUCUUUACUUUAAGAGAUUAUUCGAAAAGUUAGGGUACUAAUAAUCUAUUACUUUAGUAGAGUCUGUAUCCGAAUGUAACAGGAAAGGAU